AUGAGGGAGACCCUAUGGGAUAAAUUCAAACAUCUUAUUUUGGGAGCCACCGGAAUUUUGCUGGUAGUAGCCAAAGUUCUUGCCACCGUUGCUUAUACAGCCGAAGACGAACAGCAGAGAAGAACCUUCUUGGAAACAAGACAGUCUUUGGAGGUCAAGCUGGUGAUUGAAGAGCAAAGCGCUGAGCAGGAAAGGCUGCUGCUCUCGGUGUUGCCAGAGCAUGUGGCUGUGCAGAUGAGGAAGGAUUUGGAUCAAGCCGAUAGCCAGUUUAAGAAAAUCUACAUGAGCCGCCACGAAAACGUUAGCAUCCUCUAUGCGGACAUUGUCGGAUUCACCGCCAUUUCUUCCACGUAUUCCGCUCAAGAAUUGGUGAAAAUGCUCAAUGAACUGUUCGCUAGAUUCGAUAAGCUUGCAGAGAAAUACCAACAAUUGCGCAUAAAAAUCCUUGGGGACUGUUACUAUUGCAUCAGUGGGGCUCCGAUUGAGCGGCCAGAUCAUGCCGUCCUUUGUGUCCACAUGGGACUGUCCAUGGUGAAAGCCAUCAAAUAUGUGCAACAAACGGCCAACUCGCCUGUGGACAUGCGAGUGGGGAUUCAUACGGGAGCUGUCCUGGCCGGUGUCCUGGGACAGCGGCAGUGGCAGUUUGAUGUCUACUCUAAGGACGUGGAACUGGCCAAUAAGAUGGAGAGUGCUGGAUUGCCCGGAAGAGUCCACAUUUCCGCCACCACUUUAUCCUUCCUGAACGGGGAAUUUGAGGUCGAGCCCGGAUAUGGAGAAAAACGGGACGAAGUCCUGAGAAUCGCAGGACUGAAAACCUACUUUAUCGUUAAGGUCCUUAAGCCGUUUGAGCAGCCGCACAAAGUGCAAAACGGCGACACAACCAUCACUGCAGACGCAAACAGUGAUGAAUUUGCCCAAACGAAGGCUCCCGUAGCACCUGAAAACAGCAUGACUAGAGCGAGGGAGGACUCUGAGCAGUUCACCUCCCGUCUGAUGAAGGAGCUGGUGAAUCGAGAUGGUUUCAAAGAGUUGGCGAAAAACACCAACUGCUUCACACUGAACUUCAAGGAUAAAGCGAAAGAACGUGCGUACUACAGUCAGGUGGAUGGCGGGGCUACAGUGCCAGUUUACAUGCUAAUGGUCGUAUCAGCUGUAAUUAUGAUAAGUCUUUUCACAAUUGCCCCUAGCCUCAUCACAGAAAAUAUCAAGACGAUCAUAAUUCUCUACACAUUCCUGGUGCUUUGGGUGUUAGUCAUAGUGCUGGUCCGGUGCUUCCAUGUGCGGUGCAUUUGGAUGGAACCCAUCGUAUUCUACAAAGCUUACCUAGUGGUCCCUGUAUUCACUUUCAUCUGCAUGCUGAGUAUAGUGGUAUCGAGGGCCUGCCAACCUCUGGAGACAUGGAACAAGCCGAUCUGCCAGCCGCAGGUCGAAAUUUCCGUCUCCUGUAUGUUCCCGUUUUAUAUUGGGGAUUUUGGGGCCUUGAUUCUCAUUGCAGGCGCUUUGCCACAUUAUGUCAGCUAUACGUUUAAAGCCUUCCUGCUAGCGAUGGGUGCUGCCUGUCAGUGCUUCCUCAACUUCUACUGUCUGCAGGACGUGCUGGAUAUUCUACCGCCUGCCAAUUCUUGGUCCAUAUUGUCCACUCCAAAAUACAGCUUGAGCUGCGUGACAAUUGGCGUGACAAUUUCCCUCAUCUACCUGGGCCGACAUAUGAACAAAGUCCAGCGAGUGCUUUUCCUUUGGCGUUGCGAAGUCAAAGAGCAACGCCGCUGCGCUGAAGACUUAAAGCGAAGAAACGAAGCGCUGGUUUACAACAUUCUGCCCUCCCAUGUGGCCGCCCAUUUCAUGGGGAACCGCAACCGAAACCACGACGAACUCUAUUCGCAAAGUUACGAGGAAGUCGGUGUUCUGUUCGCUUCCAUGCCUAACUUUUCAGACUUUUACUCCGAAGAGACUGUCAACAAUCAAGGCCUAGAAUGUUUGCGUUUCCUCAACGAAGUGAUUUCGGAUUUUGACGCUCUACUGGAACUUCCUCAGUACUGCGAUAUAAUAAAAAUUAAGACUAUCGGCUCCACCUACAUGGCAGCCAGCGGCCUAAAUCCCUCAAGACUAAUACAGCCAAAAGAUCCCAUAGAGAUCCGUUGGGCCCACCUGAGCCUCCUGGUGGAAUUCGCUUUGGACCUAAAGAAGGCGCUGCAGAGCAUCAACGAGCAAUCGUUCAAUCACUUUGUGCUCAAAAUGGGCAUCAACCACGGCCCCAUCACGGCCGGAGUGAUCGGAGCGAGAAAACCGCACUAUGACAUCUGGGGAAACACGGUCAAUGUGGCAUCCAGGAUGGAGAGUACUGGAAAAGCUGGAUGCAUUCAAGUAACUGAGGAGACCUGCCAGAUUUUGAGAACUUUUAAUUACCAAUUUGAGCAGCGUGGGCUGGUGGCCGUCAAAGGCAAGGGUCAGUUGAUGACUUACUAUCUACAAAGUUGCUCUGAAAGAGCCACGCCGCCAACUACUCCAGCUUCUCCAGUGGGAGGGACCACGAUGGAAACCGUCGAUGAGGAGGAGGAGUCAAGCCCAGCUGUCAGCUCGAGGUCUGAUGAAGCGGCAGAAAGGUCCGUUAUAGAGUGUCCGCUCAAGGUUGAAGCGGACGACAUUUGUAUCCAGGAAAAAGACCAGGCUGAAAUAAAGGACUCAAACGAGGCCACUUUGCUUCUAAGCUCUUGUAAGGAUUGACUCACUCAUUCGCUCAAGGGCCAGCUUUCAAUUAAUUUUUGCUUCAUCUACUAAAAAAGGCCAAAUUAAUUAGCACAAAUUUUUCGUUUCGGGGAACAAUUAUUUUUAUAGAUUUUUCUUUAGGAGGUAGAAACAAAGACUUAGGUUGUGAAAGUCAACUUUAGAACAAUAUCAGUAGGCUUAGAGCCUGAACGCAGGUUUAGUCACUAUUCAGCCUCAAUGUAAUGCAGCUAAAGGCAUGCAUUCUAAUCAAUCUCUGGCAGUGAAACAUCUACAAUCAUCCUAACUUUAGGCCGUAGAUUAGCGCCAUUAUCAAAUAUAUUGUAUGUUAACAUAUCACUAUAUUUUCUCUAACAUUUCCAGAGGGCUGUAAUGGCUGGAUGAGGAUGAACUUAAGGAAAAGUAGCGCUUUUUCAGCUAAAGAGUUUCAGAUUGUUCCAUAWGGAACAACCUUAACCAGUUGCUGCUAUACUGGGAGGUGAUARUAGUCAAGGMCAAUAUCAGACGUCCCAACAUUGAAAUGGGUGUGAAUUUCGUACUGUGGUUCAAUUUUGGGACACCCAGUAUGCAAAUUUUCAUCAAGCUACGCCCACGUAGAAAUGGCACUUGGUGUGUUCAAGAGUUUUUCCAGAGUUGAAAAGUUGGAGCAGAUAGAGCWUUGAUAUUGAUACACAUACCAGAAGGUUUCAUCGGUAAUUUCGCAGGAAGGUGACUAUGGAAGUUCGAACAGGCGACCUCAAGCAACUGGCCACUUUCCACCUUAGAGUGAUGGUCCGAAUAUUUGCUUUUAGAGCCUCACAGUUUAAUAAAUCACCGCCAAUAGGUCUCCGAGUGGAGGCCAAAAGUGCCAACAUAUACCCAGGAUUCUUUGAAAUAGUGAUAUAUUUUUGAGACACUCUAUAUGCAGAAGUUGAAGUGCACGAUAUGCGCGUUCGGAAAAAAUAUUUGGUAUCCCUGAACGUUUUUCAGCGGAAUUGUAAAAUUGAAAUUGAAGCGGAUUGUAAUCCCUCGAUGAUAAUUUGCCAGAAAGAAGAUGUUGGAUGCUAAAACUGUCAAUUUCAGGCACCUUCUCUUAUUCUACCGUGAAGUGGUAGRUUUAAUGUUUGCUUUCGAAGCUUCAAAAUUUAAUGAAGCAUCGGUGUAGAACCCAAAAAUGCCCAAAUAAACCGAGGAAUGGAACAUAUUGCGAUUCAUUUUGGGACAUAUAUGCAAAUUUUAAACUGCAAGUUAUGCCCAUAAAGAAACAGUAUUUUGGAUGCCCCGACGCUUUCUGGCAGAGCUGUAAAGUUAAAAUGAAUAUGAAAAACGUGUAUUUCUGCAGAGAUCCCAGGAAGCUUCAUCAAUAAUUCGGCAUAAGGUGAACUUUAAAAGUGGAAAUAGUUGACUUCAGCGCCGUUAUCACAUUCCGCCUUGCAGUGAUUGGCUGCAUAUUUGCUUACAAAGCCUCAAAACCUAUUAGAUUAUAGCCAAUAAGCUUCAGAGUAAAAUCCAAAAAUUCUAGAAUAAAACGCGUCUUUGUUCCUAUGGUGAUGACUUUUUGGGAUACUCUAUAUGCAAAGUUUAAAGUGCAAUAUAUGCCCACUCACAAAAUGUAUUUCAGAUGCCCAAACAAUUUCCGACAGAGAUGUUUUUACAAAGAUUCCAAGAAGUUUUCUCAAUAAUUCUUCAACUUCUUCAGCGACCUUAUCACAAACCACCUUGCAGUGACUGGCUGCAUAUUUGCUUCUAAAGCCUACCUACCUAAUGGAUCAUAGCCAAUACUCUUCAGAGUAGAAUCCAAAAAUUCUGGAAUAAACCGCGUGUUUGUACCUAAAGUGACGACUUUUUGGGACACUCUAUAUGCAAAUUUGAAAGUUCGAGUUACGACCAUUAACAAACAGUAUUUCGCAUGCCCCAAUCUUUUCUGGCAGAGUUGUAACGUUGAAAUGAAUCUAAAAAUAGUGGAUUUUUCAUAGAUCCCUGCCAGUUUCAUCAAUAGUUUGGCAAAAUGUGGACUUUGGAAGUUCAAACCUGGCAGUGAUUGGCUGAAGAUUUGCUGCGAAAGCCUCAAAACCUAAUGGAUCAUCGCCAAUAAGCUUCUGAGAAGACUCCAAAAAUUCCGGAAUAAACCGCGUGAUGGUACCUAAAGUAAUCAUUUUUGGGGCCACUCUAUAUGCAAAUUUUAAAGCGCAAGACAUACCCGUUUGGAAACACUAUUUGGCAUCCCCGAGCGUUUUGCCGCAGAGUUGUAAAGUUAAAACCAAAUCCAAAGUAGUUGAAUUAGCCAUAAUAAACUUUCAUUCGUAAUUUGGCAAACAAUGACUUGGGAUGUUGACACUGGCGACUUCAGAAACGUAAUCGAAUUCCGCCUUUGCCUAAUUGGCGCAAAAUUUAAUGGAUCAUCGCGAGUAGUCCUCAGAGUAGAAUCCAAAAAUUUCAGAAGAAACCCGCUGUUUUUUGACAAUGUGGCACACUUUGAGGACACUCACUAUGCCAAAUCUAUAGCCCGAGACACGCCCAUCAGGAAACACACAUUUUCGCCCCUAAUGGGUGUUUGCCAGAGUUGUAGAUUUGGCUACGAAAUGCAACAGUGCAUCUCGGCAACUAGAGCUUUCCAAACGGUUCAUCCUUAUCUUGACCACUUAAUAAUAUAGAGUUUUCCGCGCGAUUGAUCAUUUCAUUGUCUCCUGACUCUUCAGUUUGUAAAAUUCUCUAGAAUAAGAAAAAAGGAUGUUAAAUAUUAUACAAUUGUACUCAG